AGCACCUGCAGCCCCUGGUGCAUCUGCCAAGCUCUGGGGUACAGGUGGAUGGCUGGGCUGGAAGGUGCAAUUCCUUCUCUCUAGGUGGUACGAGACUGGGACAUGGCAAAAAAAUGCUCCUCCUACUCUGGAGUUUGAGUUGGGGGCAUCCAGGAGAAGAAGGACAAGAAGUCUGUCAAGACAUGGUUUGCUUCCAUCUUGCCAGGAUCACUCACUGCGGUCACGUUGGUCACAACAGAUGCGCAGUUCCAUCCCAGGCCUGGGCAGGGUGAUGGUGGUCCUUGCAGCAGCCCUGGCAUCAGCCUCCUUUGCUAUCCCUGAAGACUGGGGAGAGGAAGGCGUGCAGUAUGGACAGCUGGGGACAGACGUGACCCUGCCAUGCCCUGGUGUCCGUGCCAGCUCACCAGUGCAGUGGAGACGAGCAGGCGCCACGGCGCUGCCAGAGGGCUCAGCCGUCCAGCAGGGAUCCCUGGUGCUGCCAAGGGCCAGCCUGGCCUUCAUGGGCACGUACAGCUGCCACGGCGAGGAUGGAGGCCUCCUGCACACUGUGUCCCUGCGUCUGGGACACGCGCCUGGAGUUCCCUUUGUGUCCUGCAGAGCAUCUGACUACGAGAAUUUCUCUUGCUCCUGGACCUCCAGUGUAGAGACCUUCCUCCCUACUAGAUACAUCACCACAUACAGGAAGAAAUCCCUGACAGGCGAAGAAAAGCGGAGGAACAAGAAUGGGCACGUGGGGCUGUGCCUGCAGGAUCCGUCCCGCCCCGGCACCUGCACCGUGCACAGGUCAGAGUUCUGGAGCUCCUACCGCCUGAACAUCACCGAGGUGAACCCCCUGGGCUUCAGCUACCGCCUUCUUGAUGUCACCAUGCAGGCCAUCAUUAAGCCAGACCCUCCAGAGGGCUUGGUGGUGGAGCCCAUCCCGCUGGCCCCACGGCGACUCCACGUGAGCUGGAAGUAUCCUUCCUCCUGGCCGAAGGAGCCCCACUUCCAGCUGAGGUUUCGGCUGCAGUACCGACCCGUCAUCCACCGUUCCUGGUCCGUGGUAGAGACGGUGAAUCUGUCUGAGGUUAUCACGGACGCCUUCGCCGGGCUGGAGCACGUGGUCCAAGUCAGUGCCAAGGAUUUCCUGGAUGCGGGGAAUUGGAGCGAGUGGAGUGCUGAGGCCCGAGCAACACCAGUCAGAGACUUGGUCUUCACAGCAAGUGAAGAAACCACUACAGAUGCCAGACUGGAGAGCCUGGCUGAGGAGCCCUCCCAGGCUCCCAACCCUGAGCCCAUCAAUCGCAGUGACCCUUUGGAGAAGAUGGCUGUCCUGGUGUCCCUUGGGAUCUUUGCCUUCUUCAUCCUGGCUGCUGUUCUUGUCAUCACCAUCCUCAUCUGGCUCCGGGUGAGGAAACACGGCAAGGACAAGACCAAACCCAACUUUUUGGUUGCUGCCACCCACUUGAAGGCACUACCAAAAGCUCAGAUCCUGUAGUGAGCCCUGGCCGAUCCCUGCUCCCUGCACCCGCUUGCCCACGCGUGGGACUUGAUGCCACUGCUGGCCCCCAAGGACCCCAUGCCUCCCGGGUCACCCCACUGCUGUGGACAUUGCCGGAGCCCCCAGCACCCUGGGGUUGCAGGAUGGAUCCUAAGGAGAGAGGCUCUGCUCUCAGGAGCGUUGGACUGCCUGAGCCCACCAGGAGCCAGCUGGAGUCACUUCAGGCUCAGGGUGACAGGCCAGCUCCACCUCCGAGCGCUGCUAAACAAAUGGGGAUAAGACACUGAGCCAGCCCCACUUCACCGCCUAGUGUUGAGGGGGACCAUGGGUGUAGGCUCCCGGGGGUGCUGGGCAUCAGUGCCAGACCAAAGGGCGCCUGCCACCCCCCACCAGCCGCCAGCAGGCGGAACAGAUCACCCCCUGCCCCUUCCCUCUGCCCCAAUCCCCCGUGCUGUGGCUGGACGGAGCAGCGAUGCCAAUAAAGGGGAUAUGCCAAUGCUGCCAUUGGCACUGUCCAGGCAAAACCCCUGUGCAGGUGAUGCUGGGUCAAGGGAAGAGUGAGUGCCAGCUUGGGAAUGGUCCUUGCAGGAGGUGCACAGGCAGCAGGGCUGCCUCCCAGACUGUUCAGCUGCCUGGAGGGGCUGAGGCAGCGUGACAGCUGAGACAGCACCCUCUGCACAGCCCCCCUCGCUCUGCUUGUGGCCCCCUUGCUGCACCCCAACCCAGCCCCUCUAAUGGCUUCCAUGUGUUGGCACCUCCCGACCCCCGCGCUCAGUGCCAGCAGCCCAACGAGAUCCAGAUGGAGCGGGGUGGAAAUUCAGACAGUGACAACACGUGGAGCAUGGGGAGCAGAGCCAGGGUGGGGACCCACCUGGGUCCUGGGGCUGCCCGUGACCCUACGAUGCAGAGGGAGCCUGGACCGGGGCACCCACACAGGGUCCUUGUGCAGACUGGAGGGAACUGGGGCAGGCUGUACCUUUUCUGUUGUGUUGUGCGUCCACAGGCUUCUUGCUGCUCUCUCUGGGUGCCCUGGUUGUGGGAUCUGUGCUUGGCUUGGUGGGGUUGCAGCCCCUCACUGUCCCUCAUGAGCACAUGAGAGAGAUGGGGUUCAGCCCUCUGUCUGCAGUGUGCUGCUGGCAUGGCACUAUCCCUGGUCCAGAGCAGAGAUCUCCACAGGGCAGGUAAGGCAGAUCACCAGUCUGGGGAGGUGUAAGGAGCCAGAUCUUGCCUGGACUUCCAGGCCCAGCAGCCACAUCAUCACUCCCAGGUGUACCCCCAGGUUGACAGCUCCAGCUUUAUCACACUGCCAUCAUCUGCUGGGCUCUGGUCCCCAGCAUCCAACCCAACCAAGGCACAUUCUGAUGUGUCACACAGUCACCCUUGUCUUGUCCUGUCACCCUUGUCUCUUCUCAGUCCCCAGC